AGAGACAGAGCAGGAACGGGGGAGGGGCAGAGAGAGAGGGAGACACAGAAUCGGAAGCGGGCUCCAGGCUCCGAGCCGUCAGCCCAGAGCCCCGACGCGGGGCUCGAACCCACGGACCGCGAGAUCGUGACCUGAGCCGAAGUCGGACGCCUAACCGACUGAGCCACCCAGGCGCCCCUGUUCUGUUUUUUUAACCUGCCUUUAAGAGUUUCUUUUUUCAAAGACUUUAUUUUUCAGUUCCAGAAAUUCAACUUGAUUCGUUUUUACAUCUGCCUAGACAGUCUCCCAUUAUGUACUCAUGUUUUUGAGCCCUUAUUGUUUAAUUAUAUUAAACAUAUUCCCAAGAAUGACACAAAGUCCUGGGAAGUCUCAUUCUACUGUCUGACAUUUCUGUUAACUCUUGUCCAUAGAUUCUUAAGUAUUUUGUAAUUUUGUAUUGUGAGCUCAAACACCAUGGGCUUCUCCAUGUGGGAAUCUUGGAUCACCUGGCUAGAAAGUGUAUCUCUCUAGAGGAAUUUCCAGUCUGCUUUCUAGUAAUAUCUAAUGAUGUCCCCUAUAAUAUUUGGGAACCCUGGUUCGGUUUUUCUCAAUAUUUAGAAUACUUAUACUAAAAAAUGAUUCAUUAUCUGACAUUCAGGUUUAUCUGGAUUCCUAUAUUUUAUCCGGCAACCCUACUGGCGUGAGGCCAAAGACUCAUUUUUGUUGUUAAAACUUCGGCAUCUUACUUACCGAAACCGACAAACAAAACAAAACCGAACAAAACGCCGAUGGAAAAAAAUCCCCUCCCGCCUUAUCACUCUGGAUUCCAUUUUUUUCUUGGUUUUGAUUUCCUCUCAGUUUCUGACGCUUGGAGAUUUCUUUUACUUUCAAAGGGAAGUCUCAGGAUUGGUCUUUUUGAAAACAAAAGACCAAAAACCUUGCAGGACACUUCUGCUUCUUGAAUUCCCACAUACCUCUCCUAAAGCAAAGCAACCAGUACAGACCUAGUGACCCAGUGGGAUAGAGCAAGGGCAAAAUACAGGGGAACAAAACACAAAUUUUUUUCAAAAGUUGAAAGGUCUAAAUCGCUAUGGCAACGCGAGAUCCAUCUGCACAGGUAAAGGGUGUGGCUAGAGCCGGUGAUUGUGUGAAGUCGUUAUUGUGCUAAUUGAGAAAGACUCAUUUCUUCCCCUCAUUGUACUACAGCAAAGGCUUCUUGGCAAGCCCGGCAGGAGCCAAGGGACCCGCCUCAUGGAGAGACGCUGGGUGAUGGAGGCGGCCAAUGGCUGCAAGGAUGGCUUGGAUUUCAACCCCAUGAAAGAGUACAUGGUCCUGAACGCUUCCCAGAGGAUCGCUAUUGCGGUGCUGUGCACCUCCCUGGCCCUGCUAAGCGCCCUGGAGAACCUGGCUGUGCUCUACCUGAUCCUGUCCUCCCACCGGCUCCGCAGGAAGCCUUCGUAUCUGUUCAUCAGCAGCUUGGCUGUGGCUGACUUCCUGGCCAGCGUGAUCUUUGCUUGCAACUUUGUCAAUUUCCACGUCUUCCACGGCGUGGACUCUAAGGCUGUCUUCCUGCUGAAGAUUGGCAGCGUGACCAUUACCUUCACAGCCUCUGUAGGCAGCCUACUGCUGACUGCCAUUGACCGCUACCUCUGUCUGUGCUACCCACCCACAUACAAAGCCCUACUCACCCGUGGGAGGGCGCUGGCAACCCUGGGCAUCAUGUGGGUCCUCUCAGCAUUUGUCUCCUACCUGCCCCUUAUGGGAUGGACCUGCUGUCCCAGUCCCUGCUCUGAGCUUUUCCCCCUGAUUCCCAAUGACUAUCUGCUGGGCUGGCUCCUGUUCAUUGCCUUCCUCUUCUUUGGCAUCAUCUACACUUACGGGCAUGUCCUCUGGAAGGCCCAUCAGCAUGUAGCCAGCUUGGCUGAACACCAGGACAGGCAGGUGCCAGGAAUGGCACGGAUGAGGCUGGAUGUGAGGUUGGCCAAGACCCUGGGGGUGGUGCUGGCUGUGCUUUUCAUCUGCUGGUUCCCGGUGCUGGCCCUCAUGGUCUACAGCCUGACCGCCACCCUAAGCGACCAGGUCAAGAAGGUCUUCGCCUUCUGCUCCUUGCUCUGCCUUGUCAACUCCAUGGUCAACCCCAUUAUCUAUGCCCUGAGGAGUGGGGAGAUCCGCUCCUCUGCCCACCGCUGCCUGGCCCACUGGAGGAAGCAUCUGAGGAGACGUGGGCUUGAAGGAAGCAAAGAAGUCCCGAGGUCCUCAGUUACUGAGACAGAGGCUGAUGUGAAAAUCACCCCGUGGCCAGAUUCCAGAGGACUAUACUGCUCUGAUUGCUGAUGAGGCCUCUCACAGUUCAACAAGCUGAGCCAAUCAUUUCACUCCCUGGAGGAGAGAGAGCAACCUUGACCCUAUUGUCUUACUUGAGCCAGCCCCAGGGGCCUGGACACUUACCCCUUUUCACCGAUGACUGAUGGCACCCACCCUUGGCAGGUAGCCUGGCCACGCCUAUUUGCACACAGACUGUUGGAGAGCUAGGCCCUGUGAGGAGUGGCAACGUGGGCCAGAGGCCUGGGCAGGCUCAGUGCUCGUCAGGUUAGGAGAACCUCCCCAACAAGAUGGCUUAGUGCUUGCAUCCUCCAGAGACCACAGAGACAGCAGCCAGAUGGAGCCUUCAGGCUCAGCAACAAGGGACUUGGAGGACAUCUGGGAAGAAGAAUGGAUUCUUUUCCUGGGAUCUCAAAGUAUCGGAUGGGAUGGCUGGCCAACCCUGUUCUUGCUUAAUUGUCAGGGCCUCCUUGGCUCUAAGGCUAUGAAAGACCCCACUUUCUGGUCAUCCUUUCCUACUGAGGACGAAAAACUUUGAUAUGAUAAGGGUCAAGGGGGUUGAUCCACCUCUUUCGUAGGUAAUUGACAAGCCUCCAGCUCAGGGAAUCUUGCUAUUAGGGCAAUGGCCCCACUUGACAUCCUGAGAAUCUCCACUCACAGCCACUGUGACCUAGGUCCCGGGGAUACAGGGGAGGCUGGCACUGUGCAAGACACAGAAUUUUCAGAGCAUUUUAUUGACCCUGUGAAGUCCUAUUUGAUGGUUUGGUUCCCCUGGAAGCAAGCAGUGCCCCAAUCUAAUACAGCUCCAAGAAAAAGAAAGACAUUCACUAGGAUUUCAUAAACUCCCAAAUUGUUCUCCGCUGUCCCUCAAUUCGGCCCCUUUGUCUCUUCCACACCCCUACAGCAAAAAAUAAACAGGGCAAGUGAGAGGAGGGGAAAAUUCCCUUCCUAUGUGCCAGGCAUGGGACUGACAUCCCACAGUCUGUUAUCGCCAGCAAGAACACAGCCCCAUGCUUCCGAAGAUUCCAGGACACCCAUAUUUUACAUAUCAGGGAAGCUGCGUUCCUACCAAAGAAGCUUAAAACAGGCAAGAGAAAUUAUUGUUGGUGGGGAAGAUUACAGAGGCAUUCUAAUGCAGUUAUGUGGGACCACAGACAGAGUAAAAGGAAAGAUGUUGUUUAAACAUGUCUUCAUUUAAUGUUUACAAGACAAGGUGUCCACUAUUCAUUAAUUCAUUCAUUCAUUCAUUCAUGCACCCAUCUCACAAAUACGUGCCAGGCUUCGUGCUAGGUCCUGUGUGCAGCCAUAAAUGAGACUCUGCCCCCACCUAAAAGGACUUACAUUUUACACUCUGGUGGGAAAGACAGCCACUAACGAAGAUAAUUACUGGUGGUACAAUGAAGGAACUCAUUAGUCAAGGGAAAGGGACUAACUGAGACAACUUUAGGUUGGUCAUAAAUGUCAGCUGGUUUUUUUUAAUUUUUUUUUUUUUAACGUUUAUUUAUUUUUGAGACAGAGAGAGACAGAGCACGAACGGGGGAGGGGCAGAGAGAGAGGGAGACACAGAAUUGGAAGCAGGCUCCAGGCUCUGAGCCAUCAGCCCAGAGCCCGACGCGGGGCUCAAACUCACGGACCGUGAGAUCGUGACCUGAGCCGAAGUUGGACGCCCAACCGACUGAGCCACCCAGGCGCCCCAAGGUUUUUAUUGAGUCUUUACUAUGUGCCACACACCAGGAUGAGUGCUUUCAAAUGAGAUAUUUCAUUUAGUCCUCAUAAUAACCUGACCAUGAGGGUCUUAAGAUCCUUGUUUUAUGGAUAAGGAACUAUCGAAGAGGCAAAAUCACUUCCCUGAGGUCACAGUGCCGAUAUGUACCUCAAACUGGGGUUUCCAACCCUUUCCCACUAACCUUUUGGCUUAGUUCAGCCAAAUUCUGUCAAUGAGGAAUAAUACUCAAUUUCUGUAACAUCAGAUUGUUGCUUUCUUAACUCACCAUUAUUUCUCACUGCACUUCAUUGUAUGUCCUGUGUUAAUUUCCUGUAACAAUUUUCCACAAACUGAGUGGCUUAAAACAACAGAAAUUCAUUAUUUCACAGUUCCGGAAGCUACAGUCCAAAAUCAAGGCAUCAGCAGGGCCAUGUUCCUUCCAGAGGUUCAAGGACAGUAUCCUUCCUGGCUUCUUCCCACUUCUGGGAGUUCCUGAUGUUCUUUGGCUUGUGGCAACAGAACUCCAAUCUCUGCCUCCGUCUUCAUAUGGCCCUCCCCUCCCCACCUCUCCCGGCAUCUUCUUUUAAGGACACCAAUCAUUGAAUUAAAGGCACAUCCUAAUCCAGUAUGACUUCAUCAUAAUUUAACAAAUGACAUCUACAAAGGCUAUUUUCAAAUAAGGAAACAUUCACUGGUUCCGAGUGUACAUGAAGUUUGAGGGUGGCCAUUAUUCAUUUCAGUACAACCCCCAAGGACAAAUCCUACACCUCUGUUACAGCCCAGAUCAUGGACUGUGUUAAAUGGCAGUCACUGGCUAGUCUCCCCCCAUGAGAUGAGCUACACGUUCACCUCCUGGUCCCCAGUGCUCCCUGACAACCCAGCAUAGAGUCUUAAGAGGGCUGGUCAAUACUUGUGGGACUAAACUGCCCCUGAAAACCAUUUUGGAAAAUCAAACUUUCUUUUAACCCAGAUGCCUAUCUUUUUGUAAGGCAAAGACA